CCCCCCUCGAAGUGUUUGGGUAAAUGCGCUCCCCGUGCGAACUGACCUGCCUGCGCGCCCAUCCUCCCAGCAGCUGCUGAGAGAUUUUCCCAGCGUCCUCGUUGCUAGUCCCUUUCACCAAAAGCCAACAAACUUCUCUGUUCGGUGGAUCUAAAUUUUGGUCAACUUUCUAGGGAUCGAAUGGACCUUUCGCAAAGAUAGGGAAAUAGUUCCAAGGACAUAGUGUGCUCGCCGUGGAGUAUAAAUAGUUGCCAUGUAGCAACACUCUGAAACGACGCUUGGAAAUAUUACAGCAGAGCCCUCAUAUCCAACCGAUUUAUUUUUUACUUCAAGGGAAAACUACACAUGCGAUGUGAAGCGCUUCGUCGCAGUUUGGCUCUCAGCGAGUGCAGCUUUUCAGAACAUCACAGAUCUUGCCGGUGACAUACCCCCCCCCCACCCCCCACCCCCCUCCUCCGUCAAGGAAGAAGCUCGAGUGAGGAAGCGAAUAUGCUGUCGGGUAGGCAGCUGGUGGUUGUGCAGUUCAGAUCUUGGUUUUAGUAGAUGGACGAAGGGAACGGCUGGAGCCCCUAACCAGGUCAACUCAUCCACAUUCAUACAGCCUCCGGCGACAUAUAAUGGAUCGUUAUCCAUCUUCAAAGCUUUGAGUGUGAGCUGAUGAGGUGGUUGACUUCUUCUUCAGCACACAGAGAGGAGAGACUUUUUUCUGUCCACGGUGACCCAGAAGAGACAACUUUGACUCGGAUCGAAACAAGAAACGGAAUCUGCCUCCUGCUUUCUCAUGACCACUAUGUGUCUGGAUACUUGAGUAGACCAAACAAGUUACGAUCACCGUCUACUUUGUAUGAACUAACAUGGACAAAGUGGUCAUCAGUCUCCUGCUGCUGGGAAUCACGUUUACAGUGGUCCAUGCAUGUCCCAAAUACUGUGUGUGCCAGAACCUCUCAGAAUCUCUGGGGACGCUUUGUCCCUCCAAAGGCCUCCUCUUUGUCCCGCCGGACAUUGAUCGGCACACUGUGGAACUACGACUGGGCGGCAACUUUAUCCUCAAGAUAACCACUCAGGACUUUGCCAACAUGACAGGUCUGGUAGACCUCACCUUGUCCCGUAACACGAUCAGCACUAUCCAGCCUUUUUCCUUCAUCGAUCUGGAGACCCUGAGAUCUCUUCAUCUUGACACCAACAGAUUGACUGAGCUGGGUCCGGAUGACCUCAAAGGUCUGAUCAACCUGCAGCAUCUGAUCCUCAACAACAAUCAGCUGAGUUGCAUCUCCAAAGCCACCUUUGACGACCUGUUGCUGACACUUGAAGAUCUGGACUUGUCGUAUAACAACCUACGCAGUGUGCCUUGGGAAGCAAUCCGCAAGAUGGUCAACCUCCAUCAGAUGAGUCUGGACCAUAAUCUUAUCUCAUUCAUUGCUGAGGGGACUUUUACAGACCUGGAAAAAUUGGCUCGUUUGGACCUGACUUCCAACCGUUUGCAGAAGCUCCCACCGGACCCUAUAUUUGCACGCUCGCAAACUAGCGUUGGCAUGAGUACUCCAUACAUACCACCAUUAUCCUUAAGCUUUGGUGGAAACCCAUUGCACUGCAACUGUGAGGUGCUUUGGCUUAGGAGGCUCGAACGAGAGGAUGACAUGGAAACCUGUGCUUCUCCUACAAGUGUGAAAGGACGCUACUUUUGGUCUGUUCAAGAGGAGGAAUUUGUUUGUGAACCUCCCCUCAUCACACAGCACACAAACAAAUUGCUCGUGCUUGAGGGCCAAACUGCUAGUCUCCGCUGCAAGGCAGUUGGAGAUCCAAUGCCAACUGUGCACUGGGUUGCCCCUGAUGACCGACUGAUCAGCAAUUCUUCUCGAGCAACUUUAUAUGAAAAUGGCACCCUUGAUAUCACAGUCACAACAUCCAAGGAUUAUGGUACAUUUACAUGCAUAGCUGCGAAUGCUGCUGGGGAAUCUACAGCCUCCAUCGAGCUCUCAAUCAUACAGCUCCCUCACCUCACAAAUGGUACAAACCGUACCACCCAGUCCAAGUCUGGUCUUUCAGACAUAACGAGCUCAACUAAGAUGAGUAAAGGGGAGCCUAAAACUAUUCCUGAGAAUGUGGUAUCUGUCUCAGAAGUGGCCUCAGCUUCAGCCCUGAUUAAGUGGACUGUAGGCAAAUCAACACCGAAGGUCAAAAUGUAUCAGCUUCAGUACAAUUGCUCUGAGGAUGAAGUUCUCAUUUACAGGAUGAUUCCCAUGACUAACAGAGCUUUCGUAGUCACCAAUCUUGUCCCGGGCAUGCAGUAUGAUCUGUGUGUAUUGGCCAUCUGGGAUGACAGUGCCACCACGCUCACAGCCACCAACAUUGUAGGCUGUGUCCAAUUCAUCACCACGGAUGACUAUCCCCAAUGCCAGUCUCUUCACAGUGGUUUCCUGGGUGGCACCAUGAUCUUGGUCAUUGGCGGUAUCAUUGUGGCCACGCUACUGGUGUUUAUCAUCAUCCUCAUGGUGCGCUAUAAGGUGACCAGCGGUAUCCAGACUAUAAAGUUACCCACUGUAAGUAAUACUUACUCACAGACCAAUGGGGGUAUGAACAGGUUCAACGGCGCCCCGCCACAAGUCAAGUCGGCCGUGGUGGUCAUGCGUGAAGAAAUGGUCGAGUUCAAAUGUGGAUCCCUUCAGAGCAGUAUCUCCUCAUCGUCAUCCUCCUCCAACUCACUGGAUAGUCAAACAGGAAGAAGGAUCGGUGACUGCUACAGUAUGCGGGGAGCUGAAUGCAGCACCCUUCCCAGCAGCAAAUUCAAUAGGCACCGGCAUAGCCACAAACCACAACCAAACUUGGACCACCUUUUAGGAGCCUUCACCACAAUGGAGCUGCGAGGGAUCACCAGAGACCGUCAAGGUGCAGCCGGCCCCUCCACCGCUUCCACGACCAUGACUCCAGGCGCCGUGGCGCCCCUUUCCGACAAAGAACCUCUACUUGGAAGAGCGGAGUCCACCACCAUGCUGGGACGUCUGCUCGGGCUCCCCCAGGAAGGGAAACCUAAAAGGAGCCAUUCGUUUGACAUGGGUCAUGUGGGGUCGACGCAGUGCCGUGGCAGCUAUCCUCGCAGGAUCAGUAACAUUUGGACGAAACGCAGUUUGUCAGUGAAUGGCAUGCUACUACAGUACGAUGACAAUGAGGAUGACAAGCCGAGUUUGGAGGGCUCCGAGUGGGUGAUGGAGAGCACGGUUUGAGUACUACUGUGCGGAUUGCACUUGGCCAAACAAUGCUAACCACUGAAUCUAAAUCAUAGACAUGAUCAAAAAGGGAGACGUGUUCCACAUGGGACCAGUCUUUGUGUAUUACAGUUCAACUGUGUCAUUUUUCAACAAAAUUCUGAACUCAAGACAGUCUUGGACUGUAUAUAGAAAAUAUUUCACCUGUCUUGAGUUUUGGCUUGCACAACAAUGGUCUGGAAUACGUUCUCUCAACUUGGCACAUGAGAGUAUCACAAGAGGGAAAAGAGGAGAAACUCUGAGUGGAUUUACUGCGUCUUAUCAAAUGAAUUGACUGCCAAGUGGAUUUGCUGCAGUUAUGGUGAAUGGGGUGUACUUUUGUGUGACCCACUGCGUGAAAUAAGACUACAGUACUUCCACAGUUGAUCGGAGGACCACAGGAUCACAAUGGAGGGGGGGAAAAAAAGAGUUGGUAAAAUUUUACUUUUACCAAGGUUUUCUAUCAUUUAUACUAUUUAUUAUUUUGAGUGAUACAUCGAGUCACAGAUGUGCAGCUCGGUUAUCCAGAAGUAUCAAAACAUCACAGAACGUAGCUUUCAUAAAGAGCAUUUCAUAACAGAUUAUGUUGAUCCACUGUUCAUUCCUGUCACGCAAUAGACCAAGCACAAUCUUUACCACGUGGCCCUAUUUUCAAGACAAAGUCAAAGAUUGAAAGGUAUCAAAUUUGUCUCGCUGUCUACUUUGGGUAAAUGUAUGCUUAUUGGUUAGUUGCAGGAAAGAAAUGAAGAUGAAACUGUUCUGAAAUAGACAAGGCAAGAAAUGGGUCAAAGGAGGACAGAUAUGGACUCGUUUGCAUACGUUUCAAAGAAAUGUAGCACAAAGCAGAGCAAAUCAUUUUUAUCCAAACUCUGUUCACUUUCAUAUGCUUUGUAUUCCUCAGUUAAAGGUAGUGACAAAAGUCAGAUGACUCUAAGCGUCAUUAUUCUUCAUGGUUAAUGAGGAUAUCAAAAAUGAGGAUAUUUCAGUUGGGCUAUGUCCACAAUGAGCCCUGUAUUGGGCUUACUGGGCGCAAAGUUAGAAUUGCAUAUCAUGGGCAAAGCUUCUCAAAACUAUAAAACCAGAUGGCAUGGAGGAGAACGGCAAAGCAUCGGCUGCUACGCUAUUGAUUGCUUGAGUUGAGUCAUCCAAUGAGCUGUACAUCAUUCAUUCUCUUUCAUUUAGAGCUGUAAAUUAUACUUCUUUUUAAUUGGUGGCUAUUUAGAAUUAUGGCCUAAGUGAGAUAUAUCCACUCCCCAUUUUGAUGCCUUUCUCGAUAUCCUGUCGGUUUUUGCUGCAUCUGAUUCUAUUUCUCAAAUUGUUUCUCAAUCGUUUUGAUCGCUAGGUGUAGCAUUCUGUAUAUUGGCAUAUUUUGUACAAAUAACUGGGUGGAAUGUAAAUGUGGGGAAAUCAUUUGGUGGUGUUUUUAUUUUCAUUGCAAGCAAACAGUGAGGGUGCUUUGCUGUGGUGUACUAACUUGGUCGUUUUUAGCUGGCUCAGUGAAAUGGGAAUUUCCAAAACAGGAAGACAAGUGGCAAAGUACUUGUUCUUAAAAUAUCGAUAAAAAAAAAAUCACUGAAAUCAUACAAACAAAUCAAUAAAAAUCUUUCCUGACAGACAUUGUCUUUUGUGUCCUCUCAAUCAGUCAUAUCAAAUCGGCCAUGCGUUCUACAGUACCUUUUGCCUCCACUGAGUUGGGGGUUACCAAAAAGACAAAUACAACUACAAUAUCCCAAGAAGUGACAACAUUGUUGAUAAAAGAUACAUUUGUAUUUUGUAAAUGGACAAUUUAACUGACUAGUUCUAUUUGUGUCAACUUGUAACAUCCCUUUUCACACUGCAAAGAAUAAAAUGUCUGUGCGUGA